AUGUCAAAACGAGCUCCGGUUAAGGAAAUACCCGAGACCAUGGGUUUAGUAGCAGCAGCUACAUAUUUGCUCUUGAUGUUUGGAUUGAUACCUUUUGUCUUUUUCAAGUAUUUGGUUUCGUUUGGUUCGUUAGCUAAUGAUAAAAUUAUCUCGGAAAACUACACGAGUCAAUACCAAGCAUUGAAACAAAACAACUUAUUUCCACACAAUAAGCUCGCAGAGUACUUGAGUGCCGUUUUAUGCUUACAAGGUACCACGGUGAUUGGUUUGUUAGACGAUUUAUUUGAUAUACGCUGGAGAGACAAGUUUUUCUUGCCGGCAAUAGCCUCAUUACCGUUGCUCAUUGUUUACUAUGUUGACUUUAGUGUUACUUCAAUUGUUGUUCCAAAAUUUUUCACUGAUUUGCCGGGCGGUGUUUACCUUUUAGAUACCAUCAAUUUCUUUGUCAAAAAUGGCAAUCAUUUGGUAACUUCGAUCUCAGGAUUAUCGUUUAGAACUCUACAAUCAGAUUAUGUCAUUCCCAACGAUGCUCCAAAAUUAAUUGAUUUGGGUGUUUUCUACUACGUGUACAUGUCGGCUAUUUCCAUUUUUGCGCCAAAUUCAAUCAAUAUCCUUGCAGGUAUAAAUGGAUUGGAAGUUGGCCAGUCUAUCAUAUUAGCAGCUAUAUUUUUGAUCAAUGAUUUUUGCUAUUUGGUCUCCCCAAAUAUUUCUCAAGCGGCACACGAUUCCCACUUGUUUUCAGUUAUUUUCAUCCUUCCAUUCUUGGGGGUUUCCUUGGCCUUGUUGCAGUACAACUGGUUUCCUGCAAAAGUGUUUGUAGGCGAUACUUAUUGUUACUUUAGCGGAAUGGUGUUUGCCAUUGUGGGGAUUUUGGGUCAUUUUUCAAAGACAUUAUUGUUAUUCUUGAUACCACAAACAUUGAACUUUGUAUACUCGGUGCCUCAACUAUUUCAUAUCGUGCCAUGUCCGAGACAUAGAUUACCUAGAUUUAAUCCUGAGGAUGGUCUCAUGUACCCUAGUUUUGGCGAAAUAAAAAAGGAGUCCUCGACAUUAAACACAUGGAUGCUAACCUCACUAGAGUUUUUUGGCUUGAUAAAGUUGGAGAGAGACGUGUCCCUGAAAAAGAUUGUAAAGUUUAGCAAUAUGACAAUUAUUAACCUCACUUUGGUUUGGUUCGGACCAUUGCGUGAGGAUAGACUCUGCUUACUAAUAUUGGCAAUUCAGUUUGUAAUUGGCAUCUCAAUGAUAGUUGCAAGACACACUGUUGGCCCAUGGCUCUUUGGCUACGAUAACUUAUCCUGGGGGGUCAAAUAA